AUUCUGUUUUAAUCGUUUCACUGUUUUCAAGCUUUCAGUGUUUUAUGAAAAUGUUUAAAAAUCGAGACGAUUUAAGUGUUCCAGAUUAUUUACAAUUUCCAUCCGCCGAGUCGGAAAUUUUAAAUUAUUGGAGAGAAAAUCGUAUAUUUGAAAAAAUCCAACAAGAACGUCGUAAGUCUAAUUCCGGUUGUUACUCCUUCUACGAUGGACCCCCAUUUGCCACGGGAUUACCUCAUUACGGACACAUACUUGCCGGUACCAUCAAAGACAUAGUUGGUAGGUAUGCUACACAAAAGAAUUUAUUAGUUGAACGUAGAUUUGGAUGGGACUGUCACGGUUUACCAGUCGAACAUGAAAUCGACAAGAAACUAAACAUCAAAGGUCCCAAAGAUGUUGAAGCAAUGGGAAUUGCAAAGUAUAAUGAGGAAUGUAGACAAAUUGUCCAACGAUACUCUGGUGAGUGGAGGACGACGGUAGAAAUGAGCGGCCGAUGGAUAGACUUUGACAAUGACUACAAGACCAUGUAUCCAUCUUUCAUGGAGAGCGUGUGGUGGGUUUUCAAGCAACUCUUCGACAAAGGUUUAGUCUAUAAAGGCACCAAAGUGAUGCCCUUUUCCACAGCUUGCUGUACCCCUCUUUCGAAUUUCGAAUCCACGCAGAAUUACAAAGAUAUUAUAGACCCAAGUUUGACUAUCGCUCUGAAUGUUGUCGGCUCUAAUGAGAAGCUUCUCAUAUGGACAACCACGCCAUGGACCCUUCCAUCGAACCUGGCUGUUUGUGUCAAUCCAAAGAUUAUCUAUGUCAAAGUCAAGCCGGUGGCGGUUGAGGCUGAUGUAGUUUAUAUUCUUUCCAGAAAUCGUUUAUCGUUUGUUUUCAAGGAACCAAGUGAUUAUAUUAUUAUUGAAGAAUUUCCGGGCACUUCAUUGAAAGAUGUUGCUUAUGAACCUCUUUUUGAGUACUUCUCUGAAUAUCGCAAGAAAUCUGGAGCUUUUAGGGUUUUAUUGGACGACUACGUCACCGACGAUACUGGAACAGGCAUUGUUCAUCAAGCUCCAUACUUUGGAGAGGAUGAUCAUCGGGUUUGUCUAGCCAAUGGCAUCAUAUCGAAAUCAAGUGAUAUAGUUUGUCCCAUCGAUGACUGUGGCCGAUUUACCGAAGAUGUUUCUGAUUUCGUUGGACUCUACAUUAAAGAUGCUGAUUCACUUAUCACAUCUAAGCUUAAAGAACGCGGGUGCGUAAUACAAAUUACACAAAUCAAGCAUAGUUAUCCAUUUUGCUGGCGUUCGGAUACUCCAUUGAUCUAUAAAGCUGUUCCAUCGUGGUUCAUUCGUGUGGAGAAGCUCACCGAUGAACUUUUGUCCAAUAACGCCAAAACUCAAUGGGUUCCUGAAGUCGUGAAAGAGAAACGCUUUGCUAACUGGUUGCGUAAUGCACGUGACUGGGCUGUUAGCCGAAAUCGUUACUGGGGCACUCCGAUUCCGCUUUGGUCUUCUCCAUCUGGCGCUGAGAUUCGCUGCAUCGGGAGCAUUGAAGAACUGCAACGUCUGUCCGGAAUUCAGAACAUAAAUGAUCUUCAUCGGGAAUUCAUUGAUGACUUAGAGUUGCCCUCCAAGAUACCAGGUAAUCCACCACUCCGAAGGAUUCCCGAAGUAUUCGAUUGUUGGUUUGAGUCAGGAGCAAUGCCCUACGCCCAGCAACAUUAUCCAUUCGAAAACAAGGAUGAAUUUGAAAAGAUCUUCCCUGCUGACUUUAUUGCAGAAGGUAUUGAUCAGACUCGCGGAUGGUUCUACACUCUUCUGGUUAUUUCGACGGCAUUGUUUAAAAAGCAACCGUUCAAGAACGUUAUUGUUAAUGGAUUGGUUCUUGCCGCCGAUGGAUCAAAGAUGUCCAAACGAAAAAAAAACUAUCUUGAUCCUGAGACAAUCAUGAAAAAAUAUGGCGCCGAUGCACUACGCCUCUAUCUUAUCAACUCCAAUCUAGUAAAGGGCGGUGAUCUCUGUUUCAAGGAAGAUGGUGUGAAAAAUAUUGUUAAGAGUGUUCUAUUGCCAUGGUACAAUGCUUUUCGAUUUUGCAUCCUUAAUGUCGACAAAGAUUCCACAUACUCACCGAUAGUGGAUAAAAAUAGUCUCAGUAACAUCAUGGAUCGAUGGAUUCUCUCAUACACAGAGUCGUUGGUUGCCUUUUUUGAGACCGAAAUGCAAGCCUACAGGCUCUACACUGUCCUCCCAAAACUCAUUAAAUUCAUUGAUCAAUUAACAAACUGGUAUAUUAGAUUGAAUAGAUCCCGCAUCAAGAACGAGGAAGGCGCACAGAACCGACGAGAAUCCUUAAACGUUUUGACUCAUGUUCUGGCUAAGUUGUCUAUUGUCAUGGCACCAUUUGCACCAUUCUUUUCGGAGUAUGUUUAUCAGAGACUGGUGUUUUACUUCAACUUCGAUGGAGAGAAACAAAACUCAGUUCAUAGUGUCCUCAUUCCUAGGAUCAACCAAGAAUUCAUCCAGCCUUUGGAGGAGCUGAGCGUUUCACGAAUGCAAACAAUUAUCGAUCUCGGAAGGGUCCUACGAGAGCGUAAUGUUAUUCCACUCAAAUAUCCAGUAGCCGAAUUGGUUGUGGUCCAUCUAAAUGAGGAUUUCCUGAGUGACCUGCAGAACACGAAAGAAAUCAUCCUUAAAGAGUUGAACGUCCGCAAGAUAAGGUUCUCCACCAAUCGCAAGGAAUUUGGGGCAACGUUUAGAGCCGAACCGAAUUAUCAAAAACUCGGGCAACGGUAUAAAAACGAAUUUAAGAACAUUAUAAAGCAAAUCAAGCAAUUGACCGACGAGCAAGUUGAACAGGGUCUGAAGACGAAGGAAUUCCAAUUAAAUGGGCAGAAGAUUUCCUUGGAGGAAAUUCAAAUCUCAUUUGCUUUUGAAAAAACCAAAGAAGGAAAUUUGACAUCUAUCAGUCAGAAUGAUGUUCUCAUCCUUAUGGAUUUCAACAAAAGCGAAGAGUUGUUUGAAGAAGGUACAGCACGAGAGAUUAUCAAUCGUAUACAAAAGUUGAAGAAGAAGGCGGCAUUGCAGCCGAGUGAUAAAGUUCUGGUUGCUUAUGAGACACAAGAAGAAAGUCUGCUGAAAAUCAUUCUAAAGUACAAUGAUUUUAUCUUUCAACCAACGCAAUCGAAGUUGAUACAUUUGAACGAGGUCCCUGUGUCAACCAAAGGACAAAACGGUCUCGAAAACAAUGGGAAAAUUAUUGAGGCCGAUGUAGAUAUUAAGGGGUUAUUUAUGCGAUUGCAUUUGUAUUAUGAAAAAUAAAUAAAAAUAAUUGAUUGCAUUUAAUUGAAAAUAUUUAAA